AUGGCCGAGCUCCGCUCUUUGCUGCCCAAGUUGCGCAAUAUACUACAUAUACAAGCACUGUCUCCCCCACCUCCCCCCACCUCUCCCCCAGCAGUAUCCGGCAGCGGCAGACGCCAAGGACCAAUCGUACCUGUUGACCCACCGCCGAAGUCUGCUUUUUGCAGGGGGAGGGAUCGGCAGCGGACCUCCCAGGGAGGUGAUGCAGAUCCAUCGAGCGGCGCCUUCACUGGUGGUAACGGAAAUGGGAGUGGGAAUGGGAACGGGAACGGGAAUGGAAAUGGAAACGGAAACGGAAAUGGCAAUGGUGCAUCAGCUGGAGGGACGCCUCUCAGCCCGACAUGCCCGAGUCGCUCAACCGUUCCGGCCGCAUCAGCAGCCGCGGUGGUUGUGCCCCCGCCGGCCUAGAGCCCACCCAGGGAAAGAGUUGCCAGGAGCAUCCAGCGCCCUUCCGGUGCUGUGAAUGCGGCGCCAAGCGCAGAGGGAGCACAGUCUGGAGGAGUCCGCAUCUCUCCUCCUUCCCCGCUCACCCCCGUCAGCCCUACCACCGCGCCUGCUCCAGCCGGCGCCACAGCCACGCAAGCCGGAGUACCGGUACCCACUACCCACUGUGACCCCCCCGGGGCGAAAGCACUCCUCCCGCCGCCCGGCGCCCUCUCCGCCUCUCCCUUCCUUGCCAAGUACGAACUCUUUGCGCGCUAUGUCCCCUCCGAUCUCACCUACCGGGCCGGUGCAGCACGCAUCCAACCCCAACCCCAACGCACCCAGCGGGAACUCUAAUCCAAAUCUCAACUCAGGCGCCAGUC